AGACCAAGUUGCUCUGAUUGGAACGUAAAGCACCUCAGCGGAUCAUGGUGCAGCAGGCGGAAAGCUUGGAGACUGAGAGCAACCUGCCCCGAGAGGCGAUGGACACGGAGGAGGGCGAAUUCAUGGCUUGUAGCCCGGUAGCCCUGGACGAGAGCGACCCGGACUGGUGCAAAACGGCGUCCGGCCACAUCAAGCGGCCGAUGAACGCGUUCAUGGUGUGGUCUAAGAUCGAGCGGCGAAAGAUCAUGGAGCAGUCGCCCGACAUGCACAACGCGGAGAUCUCCAAGAGGCUGGGCAAGCGGUGGAAAAUGCUGAAAGACAGCGAGAAGAUCCCGUUCAUCCGGGAGGCGGAGCGGCUGCGACUCAAGCACAUGGCCGACUACCCCGACUACAAGUACCGGCCCAGGAAAAAGCCCAAAAUGGACCCCUCGGCGAAGCCCAACGCCAGCCAAAGCCCGGAGAAAAGUGCUGCAGGCGGCGGGGGCGGCGCCGGCGGAGGCGCGGGCAGCGGCAAGAACUCCAAGGGUUCGAGCAAGAAAUGUAGCAAACUGAAGACCCCCGCGGCCACCACGGCUACCGCGGCCGCCUGCCCCAAGGCGGGCGCCGGCAAAGCGGCUCACCACGGGGAAUACGGCGGCGACGACUAUGUGUUCGGCAGCCUUAAAGUGAGCGGCGCGGGGGGCGGCGGCGCCAGCAAGACCGUCAAAUGCGUCUUCAUGGAUGAGGACGAUGAGGACGACGAGGACGAAGAUGAGCUGCAGCUGCGGAUCAAGCAGGAGGUGGAGGACGAGGACGAGGAGCACCCGCACCAGCAGCUCCUACAGCCGCCGGGGCAGCAGCAGCAGCAGCAGCAGCAGCUGCUGAGACGCUACAACGUCGCCAAAGUGCCCGCCAGCCCCACUCUGAGCAGCUCGGCCGAGUCCACCGAGGGCGCGAGCCUCUACGACGAGGUACGGGCCGGCGCCACCUCGGGCGCCGGGGGCCACGGUGGGGGCGGCAGCGCCAGCCGCCUCUACUACAGCUUCAAGAACAUCACCAAGCAGAACACGCAGCCGCUCGCGCAGCCUGGGCUCUCGCCCGCGUCCUCGCGCUCGGUCUCCACCUCCUCUUCCUCUUCCAGCAGCAGCAGCAGCAGCAGCAGCAGCAGCAGCAGCAGCAGCAGUAGCAGCAGCAGCAGCAGCGGCGGCGAGGACGCCGACGACCUGAUGUUCGACCUGAGCUUGAAUUUCUCCCAAAACCCGCACACCACCAGCGAGCAGCAGCUGGGGGGCGGCUCUGCAGCGGGAAAUCUGUCUCUUUCGCUGGUGGAUAAGGAUUUGGAUUCCUUCAGCGAGGGCAGCCUGGGCUCCCACUUCGAGUUCCCCGACUACUGCACGCCCGAGCUGAGCGAGAUGAUCGCGGGGGACUGGCUGGAGGCGAACUUUUCCGACCUGGUGUUCACGUAUUGAAAGGGACGCCCCGCUUCUCUCGCUCAUUUCUCUCGGCGAGUGCAGAGCAGGGUUCCUUGGGAGGAAAUCAUGGUGAUGAUAAUGUUGAUGGUGGUGGUGGUAGGGUGGAGGGAAGAGAAGAAGAUGCUGAUGAUAUUGAUAUGAUGUCGUGACGCAAAGAAAUUGGAAAAGAUGAUGAAAAUUUUGGUGAAGUUAAAGUGAAAUUAGUAGUUUUUAAAUAUUUUUUCCUGUCCUUUUUUUUUGCCCCCCCCUUCCUUUAU